AUGGCCAACUCCGAACCGGACAAGAAGCCUCGACCCGGACCGUGGCCGCCUGCGCCCGAUUCCGCCGCAAUGCCGCCUUCCUCAUGGGCCAAGCGCACCGGUUUCCGCCCAAAGUUCUCCGGCGAGACCAAUGCCAGCAACUCCGGUCAAAUGACAUCUUUACCCCCGCCUCAACCGCCCCUGCCGAAGUCCAAGGAGCCAGAUACCAGCCUCGACAUCGAAGCCGGGCGCCCGAGGCCCGGCACAGCUUCCAAUGGGGAGGCUGUUGUUGUUGCGAGGGACAGGACCAAGGAAAAGGAGAAUGCCAAGGAGCAAACGCCGCCUGUGAGAAAGCCGAGGGUGUCCGAUGGAGGAAAGAAUUUGGCGGCGAAUGGGGGCGAGGGUAGCCGGAGGGCGGCUAGAGGCGAGGAGGUUGUUGCAGUAGAUGUGCCGCAUCAGUCGGUGCUGGACGAUGAUGAUUAUGUGGCUAGACAUUCACAUAUGAAGUACGAGCUUAGAGAUUCUCCUGGUCUAGUUCCCAUUGGUCUCUACGGAUUUCAGCAUUUUCUCUCAAUGUUGGGCUCAUUGAUACUAAUUCCGCUUGUAAUAGUUCCUGCAAUGGGUGGCACCUAUGAAGACACAGCCGAUGUAGUUUCCACUGUGCUGUUUAUUUCAGGAGUGACCACACUUUUGCACGUAUCGUUUGGUUCAAGAUUGCCCUUAAUACAGGGUCCUUCUUUUGUUUAUCUUGCACCAGCACUUGCUAUUAUCAACUCUCCUGAAUUUUUGGGGCUUAAAGGAAAUAACUUCAAGCACAUAAUGAAAGAGCUACAGGGGGCUAUAAUUAUUGGUUCAGCAUUCCAAACCUUCUUGGGAUAUAGUGGUUUGAUGGCAAUUUUCCUGAGGUUAAUCAACCCAGUUGUUGUGGCCCCAACAAUCGCAGCUGUCGGGCUUUCUUUCUACAGCUAUGGCUUCCCUCGACUGGGCGCCUGUAUCGAGAUCGGUGUGCUGCAGAUAUUAUUAGUUGUUAUUUUUUCCCUAUACCUACGUAAAAUAUCAAUUUUGGGUCACCGCGUAUUUCUAAUAUAUGCGGUUCCACUUGGUUUGUUUAUUACAUGGUGUACGUCUUUCCUUCUCACUGAAUCUGGAGUGUACAACUAUAAAGGAUGUGACACGAAUAUACCAGCCUCGAAUAUUAUUUCUGACCACUGCAGAAGGCAUGUCUCCAGAAUGAAGUAUUGUCGAGUCGAUACCAAUCACGCAUUGAGUGCUUCCCCAUGGUUUAGGUUUCCUUACCCUCUGCAAUGGGGCAUGCCUGUCUUUCAUUGGAAGAUGGCUCUUGUUAUGUGUGUGGUGUCGAUAAUCGCAGCAGUUGACUCGGUUGGUUCAUAUCACGCAUCAUCUUUAUUGGUGGCUUCCAGACCCCCAACAGCUGGAGUCCUAAGUCGAGGUAUUGGUCUUGAAGGGCUAACGAGCAUUUUGGCUGGUGUAUGGGGCACUGGGACUGGCUCCACAACAUUAACAGAGAAUGUUCACACCAUAGCCGUGACCAAAAUGGGUAGCCGGCGAGCAGUUCAAUUGGGUGCAUGUGUAUUGAUUGUGCUAUCCCUUGUAGGAAAAGUAGGGGGAUUUAUUGCAUCGAUACCUGAGGUGAUGGUGGCAGCUCUGUUGUGCUUCAUGUGGGCCAUGCUCACAGCAUUGGGCUUAUCCAACCUAAGAUAUAGUGAGGCUGGGAGUUCAAGGAACAUAAUCAUAGUCGGGCUUUCUCUCUUCCUUUCCCUGUCCGUACCAGCCUACUUUCAGCAGUAUGGUCUCUCCCCAAAUUCAAACUUGUCGGUCCCCAGUUAUUUGCAACCAUACAUUGUGGCUUCUCACGGUCCCAUCGCCACCACGUCUGGAGGGGUGAAUUACGUUGUGAACACGUUAUUGUCCCUUCACAUGGUGAUUGCUUUCAUAGUGGCGCUCAUCCUGGACAACACGGUGCCCGGCAGCAAACAGGAACGUGGGGUGUACGUGUGGUCUGAGGCUGAGGUGGCCAGAAGGGAGGCUGCCGUGUGCAAGGACUACCAGCUGCCAUUUAGGGUCGGCACAAUCUUCAGAUGGGUCAAAUGGGUGGGUCUUUAG